AAGACGUAAUAGAUGCGAGGAGGUGAAAAUCUCUCCUCGUGUAGAUGCUAAUAGAAAUAGAAGUGGGAGUGGUGGAGCAGUAGCUGUUGCGACAGAAAGAAAGCGAAAGAGGAGGAGGAGCAAUGGGGGAAGAGAGAGAGGAGAAUCCGCAGAGGAUGAAGAGAAUUGCGGCGGCGGCCUACGACUACGAGAACGACCCCAGAUGGGCCGACUACUGGUCUAACAUCCUCAUACCUCCCAACAUGGCCUCGCGCCCCGACGUCAUCGCCCACUUCAAGAACAAGUUCUACCAGCGCUACAUCGAUCCUGAUCUUGUGGUAGAGGCUAUGUCCUCUAACAGUUCAUCUCAGCCAGCAAGACCAUCAGCAUCAUCAACAUCUUCAAAUGACCAAGCUCGACAACGUAACUCAGGGUCAACAACUCCAAAUUCAGGGACGUCAGCAACUGCUAGUCCAAAUCCAACUUCUCUGCGCUGGGAUCGGAAAACGAUUCAGUUCUCUGUGAAUGCUUGGGUGUUUGUUGUGGCUGUGCUUGCGAUUUUUCCAUUGGUACCUAGAAAUCUUUCACAAAGGGCAUUUCGGCUUUCCUUAAUGGGCACAGCAUGUUCCUCUCUUUUUUCCUUGUAUUCGCUAUAUGGGAAACCCAGGGCAUGGAAUGCACAGGCUUUGCAAGUUUACUUUCAGUCUAUUGUUGCAACCAAGGAUUUUAUCUACUUCAUCUACUGCCUUAUCUUUGUGGCUUCAAAUCUUUGCCUUAAGUUUUCCUUGAUUCCUAUUUUAUGUCGAGCACUUGAGCAUGUUGCCAAGUUCCUUAGGCAUAAUUUCAGUCGUUCCUCCUUGUACAGGAAGUACUUGGAAGAGCCAUGUGUUUGGGUGGAGUCAAACACAACUACCCUCAGCAAACUGUCUUCACACUCUGAGAUUGGACUUGGCUUCCUUCUUAUUAUUUCCUUUUUCUCGUGGCAACGCAAUCUAAUACAAACUUUCAUGUACUGGCAGCUAUUGAAGCUCAUGUACCAUGCCCCUGUUACUGCUAGUUACCACAACAAUGUAUGGGCUGAGAUUGGGAGGUUUGUCAAUCCGCUCGUCCACCGCUACGCCCCAUUCUUGAAUACUCCAAUUUCUGCUGCCCAGAGAUGGUGGUUCAGGUAGAUGAAGGUAGCCUCAAAGAGAAAGGGAAGGGGAAGGGGAAGGGGAAGGGGCCAAAAACAGUAUUCCACCUGGGCAUCACUUGAGAACUUUUUAUCUAGAAAGAAUUAACUUAUGUGUCUCACAAAUCUUUCAUUAUGGUUAUAGCUGGAACUGAGGUAAUGUUUGUGCCCACGCAUGAAAUGUAAAACACAUGUAUGGAUUAAUUUGCUGAAAUGAAUAUCUAAGUUUUGAUUGUGACAUGAAAGUCUUUAAUUUCUCCUUAA